AAUUGGAGGUACAUAGUUCAUCUGAACAAUGUCCAAAAGAAAAGUGGACUACAUGCUGCCAACAGAGUCACAGAUAAGCAUGUGAACUUUGCUAAUCAGAAGAUGAAGGUCUCCCUGGCUGCUCAGACUUUGAGUAACUCUGUGGCAGUGGCGCUCCGCACCUUGCGGGAGAUGGGCUAUGCAGAGUUCAAAGACUGUGAGGCUACUUCAGAAUUCAUUGAGGUAAUACAGCUAGGGAUUUGCAUCAUUGACCAAAAUCGUUUUCCAAUAUUCUACUGUUCUUAACAACAUUUGAGUGAUUAAUUGCUUUAACCCCUUUAAUCCUGGUGGCAUUCCCAUUUUAUCAUGUCAUCACAGGUGAGCGAUUUCAGAUUUUAAGUUUUCACAAAAACGUGAAAAUACCAGAUCUGAAAGUUCACAACACACCGCUUGUAGAUCUUCUAUUUGUGUUGUUCGUUAUAUAACAAAACAUUAAUACAUUAACAUUUGAAUUUGGGCAUCGGGAACGAUUAAAUAAUUAUGACCAUCCUCAAAUUCAACAAUAUGCAAGCACUUGGAUAAAACUGUUUAUACCUACCUCAUACUUACCUCAGAAGCACCCUUAUUGUCACAUCUCAGAUUUACAGGUAUAACGCAGUGCAGCAAUUUAAUUUUAAAAAGCACAGCCACAGAGGAAAUGGAGAGGAAUCAAACUAUUCAUCAUACUUAGAUGUUUACUAUCUGAUACCUGUUGACACCCAGUUAUGGUGAUGAUUUCAGUGCUUCCAGUUAAUUUAGAUAUUUGUUUAUAGAUAACGGACAGGCUGUUUGACAUAUUGAACAGCCGCAAUCCCAGAGCCAAAGGGUUCAAAGCCCCCCUUGGUUCAAGGAACUGGACAAGCACCAGGGAAUUCUUGUCAAGAGCUAGGGGGUACUUGCUGACUUUGAAGAUGGAAGAUGGCACACCCCUUUACCGAACAAAGAGAUGCUCUGUCCUCCUGUCUGCAUCGAGUUAAUAAGAUGCUCUGUCCUGUAAGAUGUUCUGUCCUGUCUACAUCGAGUUCAUGAGAUGCUCUACUCUUCUGCAUCAAGUUCAUAAGAUGCUCUUUCCUGUCUGCAUCGAGUUAAUGAGAUGCCCUACUCUUCUGCAUUGAGUUCAUAAAGUGGUUCCUCUCUAUCCUGGGCUUCAUCAUCAAUAUCGACACGUUGAUGUCAAUGGUUCCUGUGCUGCUUGAAGGACAGCGAUAUGUCCUGACCUACAGGUUCAGCCAGGACCACUUGGAGCUUCUCUUUAACUCCAUCAGAGCAUCCGGUGGCUGGAAUAACAACCCUAAUGCCAGCCAGUUCAAGUACAUCUUCCGAAAGCUGAUGGCCCGGUGUGGGGUUGUUAAACCAAGCAGCAAAGGCAAUGUGACUGCACAGGAUGACACAGAGUCCCUACCAGCUGUAGCAAUGUCCUCUGCUGCCCAGUCCUACCACAUCGACACAUCUACAAACCUGUCAGCUGUAGAUAUGUCCUCUGCAGAACAAAGAGAAGAUCUUCCAUCCCCGUUUGCUGACAUUCCUGCCCUUGUACAUGACCACAGCUACCUUCCCACCCGCUUCGAUGGUCUUGUGGACAACGCUCUCGUGUACAUUUCAGGAUUUGUUGUGCGACGGACGGUGAAGAAGCUGUCCUGUGAUGUCUGCCGUGCCAGCCUGGUGACGGACGCUGCAUCUGCCAGUAAGGACAAGAGCUACCACCUGCUGACUCUAAGAAACAAUGGAGGCCUGGUGAUUCCGUCUGAAGGCACGGUGAGGGUCGUCAGGGCAGCAGAGUGGGUCAUUCGCCAGGCAUCAGCAGAUUCCAGACGAUCACAGCCCAUCAAACUGCUAGAGGUCCUCUACAUUGUGCGGAAGAGGAUAGGUUCAGAGGAUGUGUUUUUGCUCGGGGAGCACAUCGGCGACACACAGUAUGGCAUUGACAGUCACCACCAUACGCUGGUAACAUUAGUUGUGUCCCUGUUUUUCAAGCUAAGGCUGCACCACAUUGCAAAAAUCAAUACUCUGAGCUUACAGAGUGGCAACAUGAGACAGAAGCUCACCAAAGCAGUCCUUUUCAAAGGGCAUUAGCUCCAACUGUGUGUGCACCGUGUGUCUUAUUGGUUUUGUGUUGUACUGUAUUGUAUUGUGUGCAGCUGGUCCUUGUCUCCAAGACAAAAUAAAAUAACCUUGAACCUUGAAGCCCCAUCUCUC